CUGUGGGUCACACACAGGCCCUCGCCAUGAAUAGUGUCACGGCUGCCUUCCUUGUGUGGACUCUGAUUUCUCCCAGCAGUGAUGGCCACGUUAGAGGGGAAGCUUGGCCCACACACAUGGCCUGCAGCGGUGGGGGCUUGGAAGUGUUCUACCAGAGUUGUGAUCCCUUACAGGAUUUUGGCUUUUCUAUUGACCAGUGUUCCAAGGAGGUAAAACCAUAUCUCAACAUUAAAUUUGGCAUCAUUCUGAGAGAGGACAUCAGAAAGCUGUUUCUGGAUAUAGUUCUUAUUACGAAAAGCUCCUCUGUUCUGAACUUCUCCUAUCCCAUCUGUGAGGAAGAUCUGCCCAAGUUUUCCUUCUGUGGAAGACGAAAAGGAGAGCAGAUAUACUAUGCUGGUCCUAUCAAUAAUCUUGGAUUUGAUAUUCCACAGGGACAAUACCAUGUUUUGCUGAAACUGUAUAAUGAAAACCGUUCUACUGUGGCUUGUGCCAACGCUACUGUCAUCUGCUCCUGACCAUGGCCUACAGGAAAAACUAUAGCCAGCUCAGCCCCCAUGGGGACCCCAAGUCCUCCAGACUCACCUACCAAGAGCGACUCCACAAAGAAACUCGUCAAGGGUCCGCCUACCAAUCUUAGCCCCAGGGUCAAAUAUUCUCAGCUCCCCACAAAUGUAAUAAAAUUUCUGAAAUGAUGUUUCUAAGGACCCUUUUGCUCACCACUAACAAUCUCUAGGACUCUUUAAUGGCUCUCUUUCUAUAAUUUCUCACAUCUCAUCGAACUGACCUCCUUUUCAACUCCUUAAGAACACUUCCUGUUACUCAGAAUAAAGACAGUUGGCUCACA